AUGACGAGUAAAGAAUGGAACCUUUAUUCAUCAAGAGUGGCUCUGUCUAGUCAGGAGCCCUCUGGACCUCCCCUUUUGUUCUUGGCAGAAGAGAACAUUGCACACUCAGAGCCAGCAAAUAGGACUUCUCGAGUAAAACGGGCACAGGGCUCCGAUUCCAUUAGCCUUUCAAGAAGGGGAGAACAGUCAGUGUGUGAUAGCAUAAAUGUCUGGGUUACUGAUAAAAAACAGGCAGUAGAUAUUCGGGGGAAGACUGUUACCAUCUUGUCUGAAAUUCAGACACUCACAGGACCCUUAAAGCAAUACUUUUUUGAGACCAAAUGCAACCCUCAAGGCAGCACAACCAAUGGUUGCCGAGGGGUGGACAAAAGACAAUGGAUAUCAGAGUGUAAACCAAAACAGUCAUAUGUACGAGCACUAACUGUGUUGGACAAGAUGGUGGGCUGGCGCUGGAUCCGGAUUGAUACAGCUUGUGUCUGCACCCUGUUGAGCAGGAGUGGAAGGACGUAG